GCGGAGACCGGAAGUCCUUUGCCGGGAGGUUCCGGGUUUCCAGGACUACUACGAUGGCGAUGAGUUUCGAGUGGCCGUGGCAGUAUCGCUUCCCGCCCUUCUUUACGUUACAGCCGAACGUGGACACUCGGCAGAAGCAGCUGGCCGCCUGGUGCUCGCUGGUCCUGUCCUUCUGCCGCCUGCACAAACAGUCCAGCAUGACGGUGAUGGAAGCUCAGGAGAGCCCGCUCUUCAACAACGUGAAGCUACAGCGGAAGCUCCCUGUGGAAUCAAUCCAGGUUGUAUUAGAGGAACUGAGGAAGAAAGGGAACCUCGAGUGGCUGGAUAAGAACAAAUCUAGCUUCCUGAUCAUGUGGCGGAGGCCAGAAGAAUGGGGGAAACUCAUCUAUCAGUGGGUGAGACUGUUCUGCUGCAAUGACAAAUACAUGGCAAAGGAGAAUUGUAUCUGUGCUCAGCAGAUACCUGGUGUUCCCAGAGCCAGACUGAGCAAAGUGGGAAGGGGCAGAAUGAGGAAGUGUAGGUGUUCCAGGGAAGAUUCUUUCAGUGACUCAAUUUCCAAGGCUUCACAGAAGUUCCCUUUCAUUGCCUGUUGGAGGCUAGAGGCUAUGUGAGGCCAUGUUUGGAGAAUGCAGUACUGGGAACCACGAGUACUAUUGUUGGCUGGAGCCUCUGGCCACAGGAGAUAAAUGGGGAAAGGAAGGGGGAAAAAAAAUCCAUGGGGCCCCUCCCCCACUGCACCCUUACGGGGCUGUCCACAAUAUGAAGGCGACAUUCUGAACCAAUGUGGGUGUGGGGACACACUCUGUCUCCCACAUUCCUAGCCACCGUUAGCUCUAAACGUUCCCAGGAGAGAAAGGAGGGGAGGAAACAUCAACAACCCAAAUAUAACAAAUACAUACCACCCAUUCCUGAACAGGAAAACAACCAGAAUGAGAGGUCACAACUCAGACACGUGAAGGCCUGUGGUUUAGUGGUUCCAAAUGUGUGUGUACACAUAUAAAUAUAGCACCUGUGUGGUUUGUGGGUUUUAGCCAUUUCUCUGCAGAAGUGACAACCCUGGUUUGAGACUGGGUACCAUUCCUGGGUCAAGAGGUGGAGCUGGCCAGUUUACCUUCUCCCAGGAGAUUCCUAGUCCUUAUUCAAUCCCGGUUUUC